CUCGAAAAUGACGCUUCAAGAUCAGGAAGCAGCUUCAGUGUCGCUCGAGCGUAUCCAGUCGCUUCAAAAACUCUGUCUCAAGGCCAUCGGACGGAAGUUGCAGCAUUUUUACAACUUGCGACUGCAGCCAGAGCUGAUGCAGACGCUCUCUGUGCCGGAGAUGCAGCUCAUUUACGCCUACGACCUGUCCAGACUGGACGUGUUCGAGGCUCAGGCUUACCUACACAUGAUCGACAAGUGGUGCACCAAAAUGGAGCGCAACAAACGGCGUCAUCUUGAAACGACCUCGAAGCGAGUUGAUCGGGCAAUGAAGAGGUUUCUACACUACGUGUUAUCGCCUCUCACCGAAAAUCAAUGUCGUGAACCAUAUCGUGAACUUGCAGCUGCGAUUGGCUUUAUAACACCGCCAACGUUGAAACUGCGACCGGUGAAAGCUCCGGUGAAGCGUAGGAAGAAAUGGAUUUCAACUGGAACCAAGAAGCAAAACGACGUUGAUGCUCAAGAAGGUCCUAGUCUACCUCCAGAAUCCCUUGUUCAGAGCGAGAUUGUUUGCUCCCGUUUACCUGUCGCCAGUGUCGGCUGCGGCAUCAUUGCGGAUAAGCUUCAGCAUUCCAGCUCUGUAGUAAAGUUGCGUCUGAAUCACUGUCAAAUUACUGACGCUGGGGCUAUUCUUCUCGCGAGUGGAGUACGACUUACAACCACGCUUCAACUGCUGGAUCUCAGUAAUGACGAUACAGAUUGUUGGGGAGAAGACGAUUUGGACAACGAGAUCGGAGCCGAUGGCGUUCAAGCCAUUGCGCUUGCAUUAGCCGAGAACCGAAGCAUCAAACAGGUUCAUUUGAGCGGGAACCCUGUUGGGACUAAAGGAGCAAUCGCGGUAGCUUCGAUGUUGCGAAGCAAUGUGACCCUCGAGAGACUCUAUCUUGAUCGAACUGCAGUGCAGGACGGCGCCGAGUCUCUUAUUGACGCAUUCCAAGAAUCGAAAUCCCUCAAUCGAUUGAGUAUGCUGUGGUGCAGUCUGCGUCCAGAAAUCGGCGCUAAGCUGGCUUCCAUCCAAGCUACCAAAACUGCGCAAUGA